AUGGCGGUGUUUCAUAAAGAUCCUUGUGGAGUUAUUUGCGUUUUGAUGACUUACUCUGCGGUGUUAUACGCCGAUUAUUGCCUGGUUGAACACGUUAUUAUCCCCACACUCACAGACAGGUGAGUUUUUGAGAAAUAUCCGUGUCUCUAGGGAAAUAAUUUUAUAAGUUUUGUUGUCUACUAGAAUGCGUUCAUCUAGUUAGACAUGAUUUAGAAAUCGAAAACACUUGCUCAAGCUGUUUGAUCUUCGAUCUUUAAGCAAAAUAUUUUGCAGAGAUACGUAAAUAUAUUUAACCAUUUUAAUUACUCUGCUCUAUAAUUAUGGACAUCGUACUUUUUUCACAAAUUAUUAACAACAAUUUUUAAAUUGUAAAAACAGCUGACCGGCCCACAUGAUUUUCGGCUGAACUUCAGAAUACCAGGCCACUUAUUUAGCUUUAUUUAAAACAAGUUUAAUAACAAACAUGCCUCGUUCUGUAAAGCGUUCCGACAAGUGGUCAGGUACUCUUGAUUUUUAUCUGCUUAUGACUGAAUUUGAACCACUCCAGAAAAUACCAUAAUGCUCUUUGUUUGUCACCCCAACAUUUUGCAUAAGCAUUGUUUUCAGUUUCUCUUGGGGCCAUUUUAACUCCCAAGAGAAACUGAAGACAAUUAUGCAAAAUUUUGGAGUGAGAAACAAAGAGCAUUAUGAUAUGUUAUGGUAUUUUCUAUAGUGGUCAAUAAUGUUUUUAGUGGUCUAUACAGAUGCAAAUUAGCUACGUCUAUUUUCUCAACGUCAGAACUCAAAGUGGACUCCUCUCUUAUCUCAAACUGUGAAGUAUGAGCACUGCUCACACACUGGCCAAAACAAAGUUUUAUAGUUGAAUUCCCAUGAUCAGAUAGCCUCUGCCAGGAAGCCAAAAAAGUGUCUGUAACUGACGCUGGCCACAGAAAGUUUAGGUAGGCGAGGACGGGGGAGGAGGGGAAGCGGAGGAGAAUAGUAGGUAGAAGGGUUACAGAAAGCUGGAGUUCUAAAAGGGUGGGAAGUGGGAGAAAUAGGAUGAAAAUUAUGAACAAUUCUUUAUAUUUUCAGCGAUUUUGUUGCAAAUAGUUAUUGUGAGUCCUGGGACUCAUCUUGUGAAAAAUUGUGAGUCCCUGUCCAUAACCAAUAAGUCCCAGUUAAAAAAACAAGAAGUCCUAAACUGAAAAUGCUUAGGUCUUUAUGUAACCAGACAGUUAAUCUGGAGACCGAGGCCAAAACUCUUAAUUACAGUUUACUGAAAAGACUAAAUUAGAGUAAACAACGGCCACAGAAAUCUCACGACAUAAAAAUUCCACCAAAAAAUCUUCAAAUCGAUCGAUCAUUCUUUGCGUCCCACGGGAGGGGAUGUUUAUGUAUCAGGGACGCAGGAUGCGGGAUGCAGAGAUAACAAAAUCACUGUGUUUCAAAAAAAAGGGUUAACAGCCAAAAGAGACGGGAGCCAAGAAUGCAAGGUGCAGAAGGCAGGACGUUUGGACCCCCUCUCCCCUUAGUUUUUGUCAAAAAUAGAAGGGGACUGGUCCCACACCACACUCACUCUGCCCCUACCCCUAGAUCAACCCCAAUAAUUACAGGUGUAUAUGAAAGAUCUGGUUUUCCUUGUUAGAUGUUAAUACAUUUUUUGUCCUCUUUUCUAACUUGCAGUAUCUGGGGUAGCCUACAUGUGUGCAUAUUUAAUAUCAUUGUACUUCUUCUUGCAAUUUCACAUGCCAGAGCAUCAUUUUCUGAUCCAGGUAAGCUCUAGUUAAUCUACGUAAAUCCUUAGAAAUUAAUAUACUGCUACUUGAAGAGUUUUAUUUAUUUGUCAGUAUUUAUCUAUUAUUUUUAUACUAAGACCCUUAGUCUAACUCUCCCUGGUUAUAUAGAGCUUAUGCAUCUGCUCAAAGAACAAUUGUCAUAUUCAGAAAUACCACAAUGUUUUACAUAAAUCUUCUGGCAGAAACUUUUGCUUCCUGUUUGCUGGGUACUUAAUGUAUUAAUUAGAGGAUUCUCAGUAUGUAUAAUACCUAGGAAAUAAUAAAUAAUGAAACUGCUUUGUAGGAAUGGUAUUUAAUGCUGAAAACCAUUGCCAGAAAGUAACCUCUCCUAGUGGGGAAACAAAAGGGAGGCAGACCACCUAGACUUCUUCCUUAGAUUAUCUAUUGCUUACAAGACUAUAACCAUGAUAAAGCACUGUCCUAAUUGCAUCUGUUAUUGAGGUUUCUAUGUUUUCAGUGGCACCUGGGGGGUCUUAAGCUUUCUUGCACAGUUCUUUUCAGGGGCCUUCUCUGAGUCGGGAACUGAUAUCUAUUUUGUGCCUCACUUUGACGUUCACCCCAUCACCCUUCCCUUUUAGACACUUUACUAACUUGACACUUUUGGAUCUUACUUAGGUGUUGUAGCUCGUCCUUCAACAAGUCUGGAUUUCUCAGAAAUAAAUAAAGCAAAAAAUAAACAGAGCCAGGUAUGGUAUAGUUAAUACGAUCAGGAAAAACUAAUAUUAUCUCCUGUUCUAUUAUUAUCAUUAUCAUUAUCAUUAUCAUUAACAAAAUUGUGAUGUCUUCCUUUCCUGCUAUCAUGUUUAAAAAUACAGAAAAACCUUCCUUUGCAACAACCUGUUCUUUGAGCACUGUCUUGAGCUCAUUACUCAAGAAUCCCUCUUGUCAUUUAGUUUCACCUUAUCACACCUACCCUGUCCCUCGUAGUUCUGUGAGAAAAUCUGUGUAGUGUGUCAUUAUGCUGAAAGUGCUUUGAACAUAUAAUUAUUGAUUGACUGAUCAUUAUAACACUGGGGCAUCAUCUGUGACAAAGAAACACUCCUCAAUAUUUUUAGUGAUUAAUAAUUCUGAUGGAUUUAAUGUUGAUUUCAUAUUAGAAUAUUUUGCUGUUAGUGAUUUGAGUUUUAAAUAUUUUUUAGGAUGAAAAUGAAUGGACUAUCUGUAUUAAAUGUGAAGCAUAUCGCCCUCCAAGGGCUCAUCACUGUCGGUAGGUCAAACUAUAAAAUUGUUCUACUUUUUUGACAAAAUACAUCAACUCAACUUAAACCCCUUCAGCAGUGUUUUCAUUGCAUUGCUUAUUUUUAAAGUAUAUUAAUAAUAGUCUGAUUUUUUAAAUUAAACAAAAAAUUUUUCGUGUUUUUAGGUAACAGAAAACAAUAAUUUAUUUAUUGCAUCAUUUUGCUUUUUAGGACGUGUGGAAGAUGUAUUAGAAAAAUGGAUCACCACUGUCCAUGGUCUGUACUGCACUGUGUGUACAUCAGUGAUUUUGUUUUUCCUCCAUCCCUGGCACAUAGCGAAAUCCCUAAAGAUUCAAAAUAAUCAGCAGCAUGCAUCAUGUAGGGCCCAAAAAGAAAUCAACUGACCUGAAGAUAAUUUUGAAGAAAACACUGGGCAAAUUUGGCCCGGUUCAGAUGCUGCUCCACGCAUGUGCCGAACCUAACUGAUGAAUUAAGUACAGCAAAAGAGCGGCAUCUGAAUUAAUUUGGUAUGGCAGUUUUAGUCUGGUGCGGCAAGAGCAUUAAGUUCAACAGCGUCUGUCAAAGUAUUGUCGAACUUAACUUGGGCUCAACACACAGUGGGUCGUCUGAAUCAGAUGUCGCGCCAGUGUCGCUCCAGAGUCCAACUUAUCCAGUUAGGUUUGGCUCAUGAAAAGUACGACGUCUGAACUAGGUCUUACAUACUAGAUGUCUAGAAUUAGAUGUACAUUGGCCUGUCCAAUGCAGUCGGCUAAUAUUUUCAAUUGGCAAAUAUGAUGAUAAUUACCUUUCUUUCCAAGCUGGGUCUGUAGUAAUCUGUUACACUAUUGAUCUUAAAGAUCUUUUUGAAUAUCACUCAGUUCAGGGUAAGCUCAGACAUUAUCUUUCAAUGACAAAUAAAGCAGGACACCAUGGUGGACACUUCACAGAGUUAUGCAGAGUGAAAACCUUCACUCACUUUAUAUUUCUGGAUGAAUGUAGGAGUAAUAAUCUGUAACUAGAAAGGCAAAAUCCCACAUGAUGUUCAUCAGUUUUUCAAUUCCCCUUAUUUCAGUGCCUUUAAGCAAUGUUUAAAAACAUUUUUUUUUGACAAAUUUGUUACUGUUCAUUAACUGAUAAGUUGAUUUGUGAAUUUACUGACUGUUUUACUGUGGUUCCAGGAUCAACAAUUGUGUAGGGGAAGCCAACCAGAAGUAUUUUGUUUUGUUUCUUUUCUAUACAGGUAAAUGGUUUUAAACUGCUGUUUAGUUUGGAAAAAAUAUGUGAUCUCAAGUCAGGAAACUUUUAAUCAAUAGUUUUUUGGUUUUUUGGGAUGUUAAACAUGACAUUACCAUGCUGUCUACGCUGAUAAUAUGAGUGCCACAAAAUAUAGUAAGUUUUUUUUUAGGAGGAGAGGAGAGGUUAGAGAGUGCUAAUACUCUCCUUAACCAGUUUGAGGCCAUAGUUGGGCAGGGCUGGAAAUAGGCUGAACCUAAUUCAUCUGUUUGAUGCCCAUUUAGCCAAGUAAAUCUUAGCUUAGUAGGUGAAGGGGCCUGGGUAGAGGCAAGUCAUCUUGUAACCAAGUCGUUAACUAAGACAAGCAGGCAAUGACCUUGGGUAAGGAAAUGUGAGAGCUGGUCCAAGGGACAAGCUUCAAUAUAAGACUAUUGUUUAUGUUACAAAACAUCCCCCUAACAACAGAAGGACACCGUGGUUAACCCUUUCUGUGAUCAUUAUCGUCAUCAUCAUCAUCAUCAUCAUCAUCAUCAAUAAACACCUAAUAUCUUUGUUUAUGAAUCUCAAUUGAAGAACCACACUCUGCAGACUUCCCCUAGUUGUUUCCUGGGGAAGAGACAAACUUGCACUUGGCAUUAAGUCCAGGGGAACUUAGCCGCUCCAAAACACAAAAAAACAAACAAAACAGUAUUACCUUCUAUCCCUACAGGUCUUGCAUCCCUGUAUUGUAUAAUUCUCACAGCUGUGUCAUGGACCAUGGAAUGUCAUGGAUGUUCAAAGUAUUAUGAAAAGAAAACAAGAUUGUAAGUUUAUUCCUAGUCAGUCAGCUGUUUUCAUAUUAUGGCACUGAAAAAAAAAGCUACAAGAAGUUGUGAAAAUUUCAAUAGAUAGUUGAGCACAUCACCAGUUAUGUUACCUGUUUAUGAAACUGCAAGUUAUUGUGGAUGUUACUGUGAUUUGUACACUGGCAGUUUAUUUUUUGAGGGGACCAUUUUAUACUUUUAGCCAUACUGACAUUACAACUGUCAAAACUAUUCAAGUGGAUCAAAAGUGUCUUAUAUUCGUGAACAAGAAGUGAAUCUUGUGCUCAAAUUAAUUCAAUACCGUAAUUGCUCAAAAUAAAUAUUUGGGACACAUGAGUAGAAACACAACCAUAUCUUUAUUUGGCCUGGAAUACAUUCUUCUUAAAAGAAGAAUAUCUAUGAUCUGUGAUUAGAAAUGGGCGAUGAACCUUUCAUGUUAUAACCACUUCCAUCCUUCAGUACUUUGUUAUGGUACAUGUAACAAUUAUUGUAACAAAGAUCCAUUGUAAGUUCACUCAAACUGCUGCUUGUUAGUUAGUGGGUAUUAAGCUCUGAAACUUUCCAACUAAAAGAACACUGUUUGUAUUUUAGAGUCCACACAGUAAUUUUGAUGAUUGAAGGCUGUUUGUUUGGUUUAUUUGUAUUAGCCAUGUUGUGUGACCAGGUGAGUAUGCAAAACCUUGGGUAUUCUGUGCAAUGAAGAUUUCUUCGUUAGAAUUGGGGUAUUGAAGAGGAAUAAAAGGAAGGUUACUUGUCUUCUCACACUCCACCUCUUAUUCCAUCAUAUACACCUUAUUUUCACCCCGGACAAAUAAAUGAUGCUUUUACUAUAUUUCAUAGUUAUUAUUGGCUCACUUGUAUUGCUUUAGACUACGAGUAGUCCCCAUUUUUCCUCAGGGAUAGUAGAGCGAGCGAAACGCAAGCACGCGUGAAAAUCACCUCGCGAGAAAACGUUUCGCUCGCUCUACUAUCCCUGAGGAAAAAUGGGGACUACUCGUAGUCUCGUAUUGCUUCAAAUGCACUUGUGAAUAUUAUCACACGAGGCCAAGUGCUGUCUUCUGAUUUGGUGUUGCAGCUGUUUAGCUCAUCAGCUGAUUUUAUUGUUAAUUUGAUAAAUAAAACUGUGCAUUGUUCUUGAUAAUUUCUUUAAACUGCCUUUAUUCAAAAACUCUUGUGAUAAGUAUCACCGUGUUACUUGUGUAAUGGGAAGAGGUCCAAGUUUCACAGGGGGGUACAGAGCACUUUGACUGCAGUGAAGUUGACUAUAAUUACACUCAAUUGUUUAAUAUUUCCUUCACAGUUUUCAGCUAUUAUGGACGACAUGACAGCAGUUGAACAUGUACAGAGACAAAUCAGAGCCAAUCGCAAACCAAGAACGGCUCUCCUUGCUGAAGUGUUUGGCAGAGGUAUGUGCGCGUGUUGUUAAUGUAAAGGUUUAAUAAAUUGAGGCCCAUUUUUCUGGGGUGUUGAGUUGUUUGCUGCAAUUUUAGGGCCCAAGGGUUAACCGUUUUUCUCGUAAUUCAAUGUUGUCGUUGCAGGUGCUUAUCUUCUGUGGUUUUGUCCAUGUUCUUCGCCGAGGAAUGUACAAAGAUCGACAGUAGCUUCAGAACGCUAUAACGUCUAGCCGUCAGUGUAAAUAAACCACACAUACUACAUGCACGAAACCAAGUCCUGCAGUUCAGUGGCGUUUCAUUGUAAAGUCGUAAAGAGUGCACCGCAUUUUGUUCUGGAAAUAACCAUGCAGAGUGAACGAUGCAGUUAAAAGUCCAGUAUUUUUAAAUAUCAGCCGAAUGCUUUGCAAUAAACUACUUGUCCUCUUGAUUCUUUCGCCGAAUUCAUAAGAGUGACUGGGAAGCACGAAGCGAUUAAAAGACGGAGCGGGUGACUGGCGAAUUAGAAAGGACGACACAAGAGAAUGUUAGUUUUCGAUGUUCUGGAGAGGCAACGCAACUUCUUGGGAAUAACCCAGCCGUUCUUUACAAAAAGAAAAACUUUAUGAGCGAUGUACAAUCUGCUCAGUUUUCACUCAGUCUAACCCUUUCAAUCAAGAAGUAUUAAGAAGAUAUCUAUAUUCAUUGAUCAUAUGCCAAAGUCAUAUGAUUUUAGUACCUAAAUUUAAACUGUAUUUAACGUUAAGACAGGCUGAGACAGACUGUAAGUAUUUGUAGGUCUUUCAUAAGACCACAAGGAUCUUUCCUCCAUCUUGUAUAGAAAGUAAUUCAGUGUAUUCUCCAUCAUAUUCAAGCGUAAAAUAAGCGUGACAAGGAGGAAGAUGAGACCUUACAAACACUAAUGCUGGUUUAUGUAACUUAUAAAAACGGUGAAGAUGUAGUUUUUCAGUGUUAUACCGUUAGAUGCUCAUUCAACGUAGUUCUGAG